UUAAAGGAGAUUGCACGUUUAUGCCGGCGGACGUCGAUAAGACUGUAAACACGACGCAAAAAAAGUAUUGAAAGCAGAAAAAACGUCAAAUAUGCAAUUUAAUGAGCUAAGAAACAAAAUAGUUGAUGAAUUGUCAACUGUUGGCCACCGCCAAGUACUACUAGCAGUCGCGGGCAUCAUCGGCGUGCACUUCGUCUGGGCCUGGUUGAAAUGGUUCGGGUUGAGGGUCAAAAAUGCUGGAAAGCGAAAGAGAAAACGCGAGGAGAGACAAAAGAUGAUAGACAUCGUGCGGAAUAGUCACGUACAGUCAGAGACUUACGCAGAGGCUGUAAAAUACGGUAAACACAAGCACCACCUUUCUGAGGAGACCAUCGAUAGCAUCACUAACCUACCCACCAAAGCACUGCUGGGUCAGCUGAAAAGUGGACAACUCUUAGCAGUAGACGUUCUUCAUGCAUUCCAACACAAGGCCCUUGAAUGUGACAAGGAUUUGAAUUUCAUCAGUACUCCAAUUGUGGAAGCUGAGGCUGCUGCCCAGACCUGUGAUGCUGCAGUCAAGAAAGGACCACUGCAUGGGUUACCUGUCAGUAUCAAAGAGAGUAUUGGAGUAAAGGGCUAUGACUGUACACUAGGUUGUGCCAACUGGAUAGACAGACCCUGGGAAGAGGACUCUGUAGUUGUCAAGGUGUUAAAAAGACAAGGAGCCAUUCCAUUUAUGAAGACUAAUGUUCCACAAACCUUAGUGUCGACUGGCGUCUGCAGCAACCCUAUAUAUGGUUUGACUAAAAACCCACAUGACGUGACUCGUGCUACUGGUGGCUCUUCUGGUGGUGAAGGAAGUGCUGUGGCAGCUGGGGCCAGCAUUGUGGGACUGGGGACAGAUGUUGGUUCAAGCAUAAGAGUGCCAUGUGCUUUCUGUGGAGUGUAUGGACUCAAACCCUCGUGGGACAGAAUAAGCAACAAAGGGAACCACCCACAGAUGUCAGGAAACAAACACUUACAGUUUUGUGUGGGGCCAAUGGGCAGAGAUGUGGACAGUCUGGUGGUCAUCAUGAAGGCCCUGUUGUGUCCAGACAUGUUUGAGCUGGACUCUUACAUCCCACCAAUUCCAUUUAGAGAUGAGAUCUAUGAAGGCCUCAGACCUCUGAGGAUAGGAUAUUACUGGAAUGAUGGAGGCGGAGAUGCAAUGCCAGCAGUGCAGAGAGCAGUCCAGCUGGCCAAAAGUGUCCUUGAGAAAAAAGGACAUCUAUUGCUGCCAUGGACUCCUCCAGAUGUUCAGACUAAAGCCUUUGAGUAUUUUCAUCGCAUUGCCUUGGCUGACCAACUUGAGGAAACACUGCUUUUAUCUUAUGGGGACAAAAGAGAUACAUGUAUUGCCCAUCACAUUUUUCUCAAGAUACCUUAUUUCAUUAGGAGUGUUUUGGCAGUACUGGUAAAGCCAGUGGACGGCCUAAUGUCCAAGUUUUUAUAUGCCAGUAAACCCUUCAGUUCUCUUUAUGAAUGGUUUUCCUAUGGUAAAGAAGCUGAUGCAUGGAAAGCAGAAUUCCAAACUGCUUGGCAAAGCCAAGGAUUGGAUGCUGUCAUCUGCCCCACCACCUCUUGUACCGCUCUUCCUCUUGGUGACAUGGCCGAUUCUGUUGGCAUAGAGAGGUUCAGUUGGUUGUUCAACUUGCUUAACUACCCAACAGGCAUCAUUCCUGUCACCAAAGUGACAGCAGACGAUGAAGAAAAACUGAAGCAAUACAAGCCAAAUUCCAAAUAUGAAAAAGUGGUGAAAAGGGGUUGUGAAGGCAGUGAGGGAUUGCCUGUCACUGUACAGUGUGCAACUCUUCCAUUCCAAGAAGAACUGUGUCUAAGAAUAAUGAAAGAAUUGGAGCAAGGAUUGGUGAAGAUGGAAAAUUAGAAAAAAUAUAUGUUUGGUGCUUUUUCAGACUUAUUGUAAAAAUGACUCUUUUCCUUACUAGAUAUUAUUGAUAUAUAAAAACCCAAGUUCAAGAGAUCUAAAUGGGUUCAUUGACUGAAAUUUUAAUACGUUUUUUCUUUAAUCUUGCACAGUUAUAAACUCAUGCAGGCAUUUUGUUUACUUCAUGAGUACGAAACUGUUGAAUGGUUAUUUUUUGCAUACAAAGAAAAACAGAACAAUUUGUUUAAAAACUUGUGCAGAUGGCAUUUACAAUGACAUAUCUAAUAUAAAUAUAAUCAGGUGCUAUGGAGCGUUCUAUGCCAUAAAAUUAUAUAUGCUGAUAGAUAUUUGUUUUUUAUUAUAAUAUCAAUUUAGAUACUAAGUGUUCUUGACACAUAUUUUAAGGACAAUUAUAAAGAAACAUGUUAAAAACUAUAGUAUCUAAUAUGCACACUUACUGUUUAACUUUAUUUAUUUAUUUAUUUAUUUAUUUAUUUAUUUAUUUAAUGUAUGCAAGCUAUUCAUUGACACCGAUUUACUGUACUCCAGAAUUUUAUGAAAUAUUUCAUUGAAGAAUGAAACAACUUGGAAUCUUGUAUACAAUUAGAGCAGUAGAUAUGCUUAGGGGAAGGGGGAGCUUAGUGUAAGUGCGUCCACCACUUGCAUAGAAGUAGUCUGUCAAGAUGCUUACAUUUUCUUUUUUUCUGUACCAGCAUAAUAUUAAACUCUAGCAUAAUAGUGAACAUUGUCAACCAAAAUUUCCUUCCACCAAGCAUAAUUUACCAGUGUGCUAGUUUUGGCUGCCACAAAAAAAUUCACUGUCAACAGUGUAUAGAUUUUUUAAAGAAUAAAAAGGGUAAAGUACUUAAAUUGA